AUGUCAGAAAUAUUGUAUGAUGUUUACGACACACCAAUAGAGCAGUCUUUGGGAGGGACAUUGAUAGGAACUUCCAUACUGCUUACUAUAUAUUCUUUAGUACACAUGGCGGUUCUUCGCUCGACAGCAUCAAAAUAUUAUCUGUUUCCAAUUGUCAACCUUCUCCUCUUUAUUUGCGAACUCCUAACCAUCAUAAAACUUGUGGCACCUGGUAUGCGAAUAUGGACGACAGUCGCGCGCAAUGGGCUUUUUGUCAUACUCAGACCGGCUAUCUUGUGCCUGGCUUUCUUGAGAUGUCAAGCUGUAUAUGCUCCGUGCAGGAAACACAGUCGGAUUCAUUAUUCAGUGAUUGCAGUCGCGGCAUUACAAGUAACCAGCUUAUUCAUUGCCAGCACUCAGUACAGUAAAUCAUGUCAAGCAGAUCAAACCGAGAAAUGUGCCACGGACGAUUGGGAGAUUAUAUAUAAUAUCAAUGACAUAGUCACCCCCGCACUUAGAUUUUAUUAUAUCCUGUUAGAGGGCAUAUUCCUUGUUGUCGUUUUCAGUACAUUUCGUCGCAGUAAUCUCAGCGAGGAUCCUCAGAUAGUUCGUGAACGCAGAUUUCGAACAUUUUUCUUCUGUCUCGAUCUAUUCUUUCUCACAUUUUCAUCUAUUUAUCAUCUUUUAUGCAUAUUCAAAUCCGUCAUUAUCACCUAUGAAAUACCUGAAUUGUUCAGUAUAGCAUUCACUGUGUUCUGUAUGACAGAGUUUGGGUUGAUUAUUCCCAAGCUAUUCAAAAGCGUUCGUACUCGUGAUAUCGAGUUACGAAAUCAUCUUCCACCAAAGAAAGCAGAUAGUAUUUCUGACGAGUUGGUGAGCAACAUUGGUGAUGUGGUGCUAGGCGAAGACGAGGAAAAACAGCUUGAUUCAGCGGAAAGUAAGGAAGUUGGAUCAGAUGUAAAGGAGGCGCACAAAAUCAAUGAACAGGGUAGUGUGUCGUUAGCUACUACUUACAAUACAAACAAUACAAGCUUUGUUUCAAAUGGUAGCGAGUAUGAUCUUGCCACUCGCGAUGUGUCUAGUAUGAGACUUGAGCGAGAAAUGUAA